UAGACUGGAAUGAGAUUCAUAAUUUCAUUUCAUUUCCAUUCUUUGUGCACAGCUAAAGAAAAUAUAGAAAAUGGAAGAGGGGCUUCUUCGAUCACAAGAAAGAGAUCAUAAUAAUGAUUUGAAAGGGAGGAUUUGGGAAGAAAAUAAGAAAAUAUGGAAGGUUGGAUUUCCUUCUACAUUAGCAAGAGUAACACAAUUUGGAAUGUUUGUAGUAACACAAGCAUUCAUUGGACACGUUGGGGAACUGCAACUUGCUGGCUAUGCACUCAUCCAGAUCAUCACCGUUCGAUUUGCAAAUGGGAUACUGCUAGGAAUGUCAAGCGCCACAGAGACUCUAUGUGGACAAGCAUUUGGAGCAAGACAGUACCACAUGAUGGGUAUCUACUUGCAAAGAUCAUGCAUCAUCAAUGUUGUUACUGCGACGAUUUUGCUUCCCGUCUUCAUAUUCUCAGGGAAAAUCUUCAGGCUACUGGGUGAGGAAGAAGGAAUUGCCAAUACUGCUGGAUAUAUCUCUCUGUGGUUCAUCCCUAUGCUCUAUUUCUUUUCCCUAGCUUUUGCCAUCCAAAAGUACUUGCAAACUCAGCUCAAAAACAUGAUUGUUGGGUGGGUUUCCGCUGCCUCGUUUGUGCUGCAUGUGCUCUUGUCAUGGCUUUUUGUGAGCAAGCUCAACUGGGGAAUUCCUGGAGCUAUGAGUGCUAUGAGUAUUUCAAGUUGGUUGAUCGUAAUUGGACUGCUAGUUUAUGUCUUUGGUGGCUGGUGUCCUGAUACUUGGAGAGGAUUCACUUUAGCUGCCUUCUCCGAUUUAAUUCCUGUCAUAAAGCUCUCAAUUUCCUCAGGCUUGAUGCUUUGCUUAGAGUUAUGGUACACUGCUUCUUUAGUCCUGUUGGCAGGGUACAUGAAAGAUGCGACCACUCAAGUAUCUGCCCUGUCCAUUUGCCUUAAUAUCACAGCUUGGGAACUUAUGCUCUUUGUUGGAUUCCUGACUUCCUCCAGUGUGCGAGUUUCAAAUGAACUGGGAAGAGGGGAUGCUAAAGCUGCAAAAUUUUCUGUUAAAGUCAUCUUCUUCACUUCAGUCUGCAUCGGAGUCUUAUUUUUCAUAGUAUGUUUAGCAUUAGAUAGACAAAUUGCUAAAAUAUUCACCAAUGAGCAACAAGUAAUUAAAGCUGUGUCCAGUCUUUCUCUCCUAGUUGCCUUCUCAGUUCUGCUUAAUAGCUUUCAGGCAGUACUUACAGGAGUGGCAGUAGGAGCUGGUAGACAGAGUAUGGUUGCAUACAUUAACAUCAGCUGCUAUUACAUCAUUGGGGUGCCAAUUGGAGUCAUUCUUGGAUAUGUGUUUCAUCUGGAAAUUAAGGGUAUAUGGAUUGGAAUGACAAUUGGAGUUGUAAUGCAAGUCACAGUACUUGGCUACAUUACAUCAACAACUAAUUGGGAUGAACAGGUGAGAAAAGCAUCGGAACGUCUUGAUCGUUGGCUCUUGAGGCAUUCAGAAGAAUCAAGUAAUGGAAAUUCCAUUAGAGAGAGAUUGAAGAGCUAACAUCUAUUGUUUGUUCCAUAUAUAGUGAAUAUAGGAAUGUAUAUGGGAUUACCUAAUUUGUUUAUGAAGUUUUAAUUGUAAAUUAAUUACAAGUAUUUAAUCUAUCAACGACAACCACCGUAUGAGCCUCCUUCCCUGUUGUUAUAGGCGGCGGCAGAUCAAAAGCUUCUCCUUCCAACGUUAAGGUCUCAGAGUUAUGGAUUUGGGCUUAUAGACUUGGGCCUUUAUUGUUUAUUUUUAUGGGCAUAGUAGUACUUUUUUUUA